AUGCCUGAGACCUUUUGUAUAUUUAAAACAUACUUCUGUGUUUUAUUUCUACUUUUCUGUUUGUUCGCAUUUCGAUGGUCUCGGUCGUCUCUUGUUCUACUGUUGCUGCUCCUGCAGGCGGUAGGUACGAAGCCUCGAGGUCCUGAGAAGCCGGUCGCCCGGGUGACGCAUUUGUGCGCCGAGGUGGGUGGGCAUGGCGCGGCGGCUGCGGGCGGCCGAGUGAGGUCGGAGCGGAGGCUCCAGUCCGGCAACAUGAUGCCAGGGGAAUCGCGCUCUCAGGCGGCGGACACCGGGCCCGGCUCCGCGGACUCGGCCUCCGGGACCGGUCCCGCCCCCUGUCAGAACUGUUACAGCUUGCAGCAGAGUUUAAAUGAAUAUGUAGCCGCACUUAUUGCACUGAAACAGAAAAUCAUCGACACAGAUCAUGUUCUCGCAGAAUAUCAGAAAAAAUGUGAUGAGCUCCAGAAAACUGAAAGAGAUCGGAAAACACUCCGCGAUCAACUAGAUGAGUCGUUGCAGAAAUUUGAACCUCUGGAAAAAUGCAAAGAAGAAAUGGAUGCUAUGAGAGUAGAACUGGAAGAAAAGAGGAGUUCCAUCAAGAUGUACCAGCAGACUCAUUUAGAAUUCAGUAAAUUGGAGCAAGAGCGGAUAAAAAACGAUGCAUUAAACAAGAAAUUGGAAAUGCGGAUAAAAAAGCUGGAAGAAACAACAAGUAAACAAAAUGGAGAAAUAAAGCAACUGAAGAAAGAAAAGACAGCAUUGGAAAAAAAUUUAAAGAAAACUCAGGAGAAACUACUGGAUCAGCAGAAGAAUGGUGUAAAAGUUUUAAAAGAUACAGAGAAAAAGAAAGCUACAAAUGAUGCACCAAGAAUAGACAAAAAUAAAGUGAAGCUGUUACUUGAAGAAAUAUGGACGUGCAUUGAAAAAUCUGGUAUCCAGGAAAAGCAGAACAAGGGAAGCACAUACAGCCCAGACAAGAAAACAAACUCACAGAAGAAAUGCAGGACGCCCAGGAGAAACAUAAUUAACCCAAGUCAUAGCAGUCCAGUGGAGAAGGAGUCGCCACCAUCCUCAUCGUUGCAUCAGUCUAAGUGUGACGAUCAGAGUGAGCUGGACGAGGGUCUGAUUGAUGAAGGACUGAAAACCAAUGGAGAGGGUGCCUUCUAUGAUGAUGAGACUGUAGCAGUGACUAAACAUCAGGAUUCUAACGACAGUCCAAAUGCAUCAAGUAGUGAUAGUGAAGAUGGAGAUGAUGAGCAAGAUGCUUUAAGCCAACAACUGCAAGAAAUACUUUACUGGGCUCAACCCCUUCCACCUCAACUCUCUCCACUGCCCUGUUCAUCUUCACUUUCACCCAGAAAGCAAAGCAUGUUCGGAGAUCUGACGGAUUCAAGUGAUGCUGAAGGUGGUGAUCUCCCUGGACGAAGCUGCAGUGGAAGUUUUCCUGAGACUGAUCAGCCUGAUAGCUCUACGCGCACCGAGAUCAUGGUAACAGAUCAGUCAUCUACCACAGAAGCUGGCUUCUCUGAAAGUACAACUGAAACUGAGAAAAACGAUUGUACUCAGACAAGAACUGUUAACAUGAAUGUGCAAAGUGUGGCUGAAACUGAAACCGGGGGUGAGGUAUCGUAUCCUGCUUUGAUUGCCGGGGGUGUUCAUUGUAAAAAUGAGGACAACACUGAAGCACAACCACGACUAGAGGAAACAAGAGUGGACUCUGAAAUGACCAAAACCCCAGAAAUACAGAUUGCUGAUGUUCUUCCUAUACCCAGCUGUUUCUUUGAAGAAGAUUUCUUAUCUUCCGAGCACAGUUAUCUUAAGGGGUGUGAUGUCUCCAAAUACACUGCAGUUUCUGCUCUACUUAGCCUUAAAAUAGUGGAACCCAGACGUGAAAGGUCAAAGGUAAACAGCAAUACUGAAAAUAGAAUAAAAACAGGUAUUAACCAAGGGGACACGAAGAAUCUUUUACCAGAAACCAGUUCUUGUGGACAGCUAGGUCUGACUUCGAAAGAAAUGGAAGUGGAAGAAAUUCAUUAUAAGCAUUCUACUUGUGACAGUCGAAAUGAACGUACUGUAGCUUCUGUGCUGGUCUCUAAUGGGCAGGACCCAAAAUCAGUUGAUGUGGCAAAGGGACAUACAAGCAAUAGCACAGGAGAAGAGGUAAUUUUGCUUUCAGAUCUUAAUAACACUGUGGUAAAUAAUGCUACUGAGGACCAAUGCAUACCUAAGGAGGAUAUGGAGUUAGAAGAAGUUAACAGCAAAGACAAACAGUGUGCUGAAAGUACACAGAUUUCACUGGGAACAACUGACCUGGAGCUUUCUCAAGCAGAGUCAGCAGUAAGGGAGCAAAAUCUGAAGAUAACGGAUAUGCCACCGCAUGCUGACAGUCACUGUUCCAUGAAGACUGGCAUUUCUCAAGGCAGUUUCAAAACGUUCACCUCUGCAGGGUCAAUGAUGGAGAAAACUAAUUCUGCUGGUUCGGUAUCCCAUCAAGAGAAACAUGAAUUUCCUCUGAAUUCAGUGCCAACUGCAGAUGUUGACUGGACUUGUCGUAAAUUUGGAAUGAAAGAGCAAGGCAGGCUUGAGAAAAUGGAGGAGGCAGCACCACCAGGAGAUUUGGAGUGUCCUGUAGAAACUGGAUCAUCUCAGGAUGAGUCAAAGAAAUGUGUUUCUGUGGAGAAUAAGGGAAUAAAGAAGGUUAAUUCUAGUAGCUUAAUAUCUGGUAAUGAAAAAAAUAAAUCAUCGGUGGCUUCUGUCCUGCUUAAUGGAACUGAGGACUCUGUGGUAAAGAAACAACAUGGGCUUCAUAGAGCGCAAGGAAAUACUGUACUUGAUGCUACUGAGAGUUCUGUCGUUGCUGAUGUUGCCGAGGGUGGAUCCAAAGACUCUGUUUGUGCUGGAGGUGUAUUGGGUUCUACCUCUCGUAAUGGACUUGCAGUAUCCUCAGAACAAGAAUUGAUUCAACAGAGUCGAUCAAGUGGAGCAAUAAAGGAAAAAGAUAGACUCAACGGAUCGGUGGAGGUGACCUCUUUCGAGUCUGAUAGUCCUCUUGUAGCUGAUGUCACCCAAAGCAGUUCGAAGCAUGAUGUUCAUAUUGGGAAUGUGGGAAUGGGCUCAAGUGCUGAGAGGCCAAAAGAUGAAGACAUGUCUGAAUUAGUGUCAUUCACUUCUCAGCAAGACAGAGCAGCAUCUGCAAUAAUGAGUCAAGAUUUUCCUAGCAAGGCAGAGGAGGCUCCUCCAUUUGUUGAGGCUAGUAGUUCAGUGUCACAAGUGGAUGUUUUAGGCAAGAAAAAGGACUGCAGUUCCACUGAGGAGAUAGAGGAAGUCACAUCUCACAGAUCUGCCCCUUCUCAACACACGGUGAAUUCAAUUCUGUCUUGUGCUGGAGAAUCGCAAACGAACUCCAUAGUCAAAGGGGAUGCUAUAAUUACCAAAGCAAAAGUAACAUCUUUGCUUCUUGCGACUGACUCUUCUGUUGUAACUGAUCUUGCUCAGGACAAUUCCACAGAAUGCUCUUCCACUGAAGUGCCUGACAAAUACGGAAAUAAGGACAACCAUUCCACAUGGUCCAAAUCUGUUGAUGUUGCCAAAUGUGCAAGGCGGCUUGAUAAAUGGAAAAGUAGGUUAAUGGAAAAUAAGGAAAUGGAGAGAAGUGAAAUGGAGGAGAUAAACAAUCAAACUGUAAAGUCAUUAGGGGAUUAUUUAUCUUCUGGUCAGACUUCCCCAAGUUUUCAACCCAUCUCAGAUGAAUCCUCAGGACCAAAUGUGUCACAGAAUAUUACAAGGCAGCAUUUGGGGCAGAGCAGCGCUGAAUCUGAGGAACAUUUAAACACUGGAAAAAAACAGGAUGAACCUUUUGAAAAACCGCUGCUGGAGGAUGGGCAUCAGCCAAUUCAGAAAGCUUGUUCUCCUUCAACCCCCGUUGGUCAGGUGAACAAAGACCUUCAGGACCGUGAAGCAGGAGUCUCAACACCGAUUCAGAAAAUCAAGAACAGUAGGCAAAGGAACAGGAAGACUUCAAGACCCACUAAAAGAACACAGAAAGCUGUUCAUUGUAAUUUGGAUGGUAUGGGCACGACAGCUGAAAUUACCAAGCCAGAAAGUCAAAAGGUGGAGCCUGAAGUUCAGACUGAGAAUCGCAAAAUGGAAUUUGGGCAACAGUCCUUCUCUGUCAAUAACCAUGCUGCUGUUCCUUAUUCAAACUUGCCUUUUGAUUCUGAAAGCAUUCCAGCAGCUAACAAAACAGUUUGCGAUAAUGAAAGCGUUACAAACGUCCGAGAGUCGACAGCUAUCCAUCCUGACUUCGAUGAACAUAAGACUGAACGGCUCACUUUGGAUAAGUCACUUAAACAAGGCUCCUGUCAAACUCCAGUGCUUCGGAAACACAGUAGUACAAAUGUAAAUUAUGAAGCUGCAGGAAAUUCUGGCAAUGUAAUAUCAGUAGAAUGUGAAACAUCAGAUUUAGAUAACCCUGCAAAAGAAGUUUGUGACAAUGAGACUUGUUCUGAAUCGAGCCGUAACAAUAACUCGUUAGGCUGUACACAAAUAGAAAAUAAACAUUUUACAGGAGACAAUUGUAAUCAUAAUGACCCAGCAGAUACGGAAAAAUCAGAAAGUUCCUCUGAAGUCUGUUCCUAUCGGGAUGCUAACGUUUGUACGAAAGAGCACUUGGGCAUCCAAGUGAACAGUAUUGGAAUUGCAGAGCAAAUACCCAAUUGCAAAGCAAGUAUGAAAGCAGUUAGUAGUUCUACAAACACGACCUUAAAAGAACCCUCUGUUUUCUUGCCUGCGAUACAAAAAGUAGAUAAUUCAACGCAAACGGAGUUGAUAUGUAAUGGUUCACAUGUUGUGCUCUUUGCUAGGAAUAAUUGGCCAGCUGCUUCAAAAACACUUUCUCGGGUGGGCUCUAAUGGAGAAGAUAAAGGUAAAAUCCCAAAGUCAAAGAGUGUUUCUUCCCUUCUUGAUGCAGCUUCAGGUGAUCAGAUGCCUAUUGGAUCAUUGUUGAUGCAUGGGAAAGAAGUAUUACUUGAAAGUACAAGUGAAAGCUCAGUGAAUUCAAAGUCGCUUGGAACUUCAGUAAGUGAUCAAACCUGCAUGUCUUCAAGUAACAGGAAAAUACAAAGUGUUUUGGUAGAUGGAGACACACAACAAGAUGGCAAUGUACAAAAGUCAAAAGUACAAUCCACCUACAAAAGGCGUGCAACUUUAAGAAGGAAGAGCAAAGGUUCGAAUCCCAGCAAUCUGUCUAUGACUGUGAGUACUGAUGCAUCCGCUGCAGGGUUGUGCAUGCAAGAAAUCCAUGAAGUGAUGUUAGAAAUGGGGCAACCUCUGCCACCUUUGCUGCCACCACUAGUCGCCACGCCUCCGCGAACCAUCAGAUUUACAAGAGCUCAAUCCUCUCCUGCUGCAACAUCCUGUGUGGCUUCUGUCUGUUCCCCUGUGGAUGACUUGGUUUCUUCAAAAGAGACCUCAAAGGUAGCUUUGGAUUCACCUCCAUCGGAUCAUUUGCAGCGGAAGUCUCCUCCGGUGCAUUCCCCAUCCCCUUUAGAACUUGCAAGAAAUGAAAGAAUCCAGUCUUCUCCAUUACAGUUUUGCACUACGACCCCCAAGCAUGCUGUUCCUGUGCCUGGAAGACUACCUCCAUCUACGUCAGCAUCGGCAAAUGCAACUUUACCUCAGGAGAAUUCCGUAAAGAUUCUGGAUGCCAUGUAUCCCAAUCUUUCUGCACGAGCGCGGACUUUAAAUAUUCUCCGUGGUAAUGUUCAGCUCAGCAUGCGUGGCAGCCCUGCGGAAGGUGAGAGCCAGGCCGGGCUGGUGAAUCAAAUCAUGGGGUUCAAAGCCAUCAACUCGUCUCCAACUGCAUUUGUAAAAGCAGGAAGCAAUUCCAGAUCAGAAGGGCCAGCAAAAGAUUUAGAGCAGGAGAAGCCAGUUGAUGCCACUUUGGACGCCACAGAUAGAUCCACACAAGACCAAAAGGUUGCCAAAAGAUGUGCAGAAGAUGAUGUAGCAAACAGAGCUAAAAAACUGAAAACUGAAAACAGUAGUCAACACGAGGAUAAUGCUGGUCUGAUCGCCCCAGAUGCAGUAGAUGUUGUUGCCCAAACGGAGAAAGUUUGUGACAGUGUUGUAGAGACAAAAUCAGCAGAUAAAACUGAACCUCUCUCCCAGCCUCGUGAACCUGUAAAAGCGAGUGAAGAGGCUGUCGCCAGUGCCUUAAUUAAAAUUACUAAAUCCUGCUUUGACUUGCUCCCUGUUGUUCGCAGCCAUGUGUUUGUUGGGAAUAUUCCUCAGAUCCCAGUACUUCGUGAUGAAGAGAAAGAAAUGAUUAGUGAAUUAAAUGGCAACAAGGAUUUAACAGAAGCUGUAUUAUCGGCGAUCGUUAAGAAGCUGAAGGCUGAGAAAAGUACUCUCGAUGGUAACUGUCUUCAAGCACUUUGUCGAGUUUAUGUUGCAAUCUGCCGACAGCAGGGAGACCUUGAACGAGCUCGGCUUCUUUCCUAUAGUGUCCUAAAGGAAGACUUUCCAGACUCAAGCAAACUGUUGUUGCUUAUCCUGAGUGUCUGGCAAAACAUGAUUUCUAUGCAAGGACCUGUUAAUAAAGCUAUGCAAGCUGUUGCCAAGCACCGUGCCAAAGGAGACAUUCUGAAUUGUUUGAGCGUAUACCUUAACUGGGAGAAGAAUCUGCCUCUGGAUAUAAGUAGUUUGAUUUCAAGUUUCCUUGUCGCAAUGCAGCAGAGUCCUAAAGUGAGAUUCCAACCAAGUAGUGAAUAUGGAAUAGAUUUCAAUGGCAAUAUGUGGGAGCUCAUAUAUGCCAUUGAUCUACUAUGCUCCCAACAACAUUGGGCAUGGACACAUGAUUGCUUCAUAAGGAAGGAAGCGUGGCCAGUGUUGGAUAAAUGGAUGAAACGCAGAAAAGGAUAUCGAAAUGUUCUGCUCGUUCAAGAUGUCACUGUUGCUGGUGUCAUGAGACUCAUUGGUUACUUGGGUCAGCAAGGACUGAAGAAAGAUUUUCUGGUGGCGGUACAAAACAUUUCAGCAAUAAUCAACAGUUUCCUCCAACACGCUUUUCAAGAAGGAGUUCCGUGGCCUGUACAGUUAUCAGCAGCUUAUACGGUUUAUGACCUGGCUCCGAGCAAUCCAAAGGGAGCUCUGGAGGCCCUACAGAAAUGGAAUGCGUCAGUCACUGAACCAGUUCCUCCUGCAGCAAAAAACUGCCUAACCGAACUGGAGACUUACUGUGAAAGAUUAAACUUUGAAACAAAAACCACAGACAUCGCAUCCAACAAACUGUAAAACUGUGAUAAAUGAAAAGACAAUUCUCACCUUGCCGCCACCACACACCUAUAGAGGUAAUAACUUCAGUUGCUGCAAAAAUACCUAAUGGUUAACUCAAUGCUGGUUUUUAUAAUUUUGACAAUGAGACUAGUAUUGCAAUCCAUUUAUACACUUCCUUCCUCUCAAUCAUCACCUAGAACUCUCUGUUAAUGCAGACCUCUAAAGAAAGUGUUGAUACAUUCUGAAACUGCAGUCUUGGGAUAUGCCUGAAUGUGCAAUCCAUUUUAGGCUUAUAUUUUCAUAGAUAAAGAUAUUUCUGUUAAACGUGCUAAACCCAAAUAUUGGAGGGGGGGGGGGACUUCACAUAAUUGAAUAAAUUUGUUUUUUUUAAAAAAGUUGAAAUAAUUUUGUAAAGUACCAAAAUUUAAACUUUGACAGAUUUGUGCAAACACUAGAUUGUUUUUAUUUUUUAAUUACUUGUCAUUGAUAACCAAGUGUUUCUGCUGAAAGCCAGGAUUCUGAAGUAAAUCUUAAUGAUUAUAGAUCCUAUUCCUGAAAUUGCAAGUGCAUGAAAAGAUAUUUUUGAAUGCUGAAGAAGCAGUCUUGUAUUUCUUACACUCUUUUUUUAAAUUUGGGCACCACAAACUUUUUUAUUUGCAGCAUAAUGCCAGUUUAGCAUGACCCCAAUAUGUAGUGUGUAUUAACCAGUCAGAGCAGCUAUACAACAUCACAUUGCUCAUUUUCCAGUUCUGUUCAAGUCUUUUGGGUUUCAACAAAAUGUUCUGCUGCUCUUUAAUUUCCACCAGUCCCAACCCCAUUUUAUUGUUGAUUUCUCUAAAAAAACACUAUGGAAAACAUCCAUCCAUUUGGGGUUUUAACACACUGAAAGAAGCCGUCAUGCCUUGCUGGCUCUUUAAAAGCAGCUAUUCAAUAAUUCCCAAUUUCAGGAUCUUUUCUCAACACUGAAAAGAAAUGGCUGCAAGAUACAAUUUUCACGUAAUGUUAUACGGUUAGAAAAUAGUUAAAUGAAACAAACAUUAAACUUGUUUUUAAUCAUCAAUAAAUAUGAUUUUCUUCAUUUUAAACCCUAUUAUAAUUAAUUCACAUUCUAGUAAUAUUUCCUCCUCUUCUGUCCUAAUCAAAGACCUGGAUAAAGAAAAGACAGUGUGGUCAGCUAUUACAUUUUCCUUGCUAAAAUGGAGGAACCUAUUAGGAAAAUAUUAGUGCUUGAAAGCCACAAAAAAGUGUGCAUGAUUAGAAUGGACCUCUGGGGAAUAUUAGACCAUAAAUCCAUAAGAUAUAGGAGCAGAAUCAGCCCAUUUGGCUCAUUGAGUUUUGCAUGGCCAUACAAUUAUGGCAGUUUUUUUUAAUGUAAACCCCAUUCACAAGUAAAUGGUCAAGUAAUCCUGAAUCCUGACCACCUCCCCAUAACCAUUCGCGCCUUUACCAAUCAAGUUCAAUAUAUACUUAAGAGCAGCUAUUAGUUCUAACUGUCUAUUCCUACAUUUAGCUCAGAAGUGAUACGUGAACCAGGGCGUAGAAAAAGAUGAUUGAGGAUUCAUUGCUAAACUGAGUUGCAAUCGCUCAAAGUAUAUAGUGUUAAUAUUUUACUUUGUUUAAUCGUUUAAUUUGAUUACAAUCAAGAAUUGGAAUUACACAUUUUUACAGUUUGUCAAAGAUAAUAAGUUUGAAGCAAUCUUUCUGUAAUGGCAACUAGUUCACUAUAUCUUGGCCUAAUCACAGCAUGUCAUUUUUUAGUCUUAACACCUUGAUGUUGUCAAGCUCUGCCAUAAAGGAUUUCAGGAUGUGAUGAGAUAUUUUGAGGUUUUUCUGUUUUUUCAGACCUAAUUUUAGUAAUUUCAAAAGUAGGAAGGUAUUAGCAAUAAUAUUUCUCUCCUGUUGUUAAUCAGUAUGGAAUGGCUUAAGUUUGAAAAAAACAUAUGCAUACAUGCUUAAUGCUUGUUGUUUAGAGUUAUAAAUAGGCAAAUGUGAGAGAACUAACAGAAAGAUAACAAGAAUAUUUCAUUAUCAACUACUGCCUUUGAAGGUAAAGAACAUUUUCAGGGGGAAAAGUAGGUAAAGAGCAGUCUUAUGGGGUGGAGGUAAGGAAGGAAGUAUUGAAUUAACUUUUCUGAGCUACUCUCACAACUUAGCAUAGUGAUAUUUUUCAUGCUUUAACAGCAUUCUUUACCACCUUCAAUCUAUCUCCAUCUGUGUUGUCUGUCUGUAAUUAUUUUGUAAAUUAUCUUAUCCAUUUUGGAUUUUGUAGAAAAUUGCAGGUUAGAAACAGGCAGAAACUGGUGAGAGUAUUAUGAAUAGGUCCAGUGGGAGAUUAAAUUACCUUUUACCCAUGCCACACCUUAAAUUAUUUUUCAGUAAGCCAACAUUCCAAGAGUUUCCAUCUACACUGCACUUACAGAUUCCAUGCAUUUGGAUGUAUUGUAUAAUAAUAAAACUCUGGAUCUUGGAUUGAAAAGAGUAUUUUAUAGGAUAUAUCUGACCACAAAAAUUCCAAAUACAAAGUAACUAUUUUCAGAUUUAAAGCUACAAGUUUGUGUCCCAUUCCCAUGAUGAUUCAGUGAAAUUUGUUUUUAUGCAAUUAGAGAAAGCCCAGAUUGUUACAAAAAUCAGCAGUGUAGAUAACGUGUUGGGUAUUUCAUUGUGUUGAAUUUCCCAUGUCUCUGGAUUGGCAGAACUUAGAUUGAUUAAUGUCUUUUGCUUAAGCUAUGUACAUAUGAUUAUUCAUAGUGAAAAACAAUGUUUUUCUGUGAAUGCAUGUAAUUAUAUGAAACUUUGUUUCUGAUUAUUUUUGUUCCAUUUAGGAAUGUUUUAUGUAUAAAGACACAGGUGCAAUGUAGGGUUUGGGUUGUGUAUAAAGAUUAUUAAGUAAAUAUGUUGAACACUUGUAAGAAUUUUUAAAACUUUUUUAUACAAACUCGCGAAUUUUCAUGUGCAACACUUUUUUAUAAUAAAAUAUGGAAUCACA